UGUUUUGUACAAACAGUUGUGUUGUUUUCAGCAAAAUCUUUGCACGCUUCAAACUUGGAAACACAACCAGAAUCUCUCCCCAGGAAUUGUCGGAAAUGGAGCUCUGGUCUUCGUCUUCUUCAUGAUUCUGCCAACUUUGUUUAAACCUUGUUUGGACAAGCAAAUCAUUGUCUGCUUUGAAUUCUCCGCUCUCCUACUUGAUUUAAAUUCCGAAGCUUCUGGAUCCGGUGGUGUCGUUCUUCCUUUUUCCUGAUUCGGUGGGAUUUAAUGCGAAAAGGGCACUGGUUUCGUUGAAUUUGGGUGGAAUCAUUGGGGGGUUUUGGUUAGGGUUUUUUGGUUGGGGCUUUGUUUUGGUUGGUUUGAUCGGCUUCACCUUCAGGCAAUGCGUGUUAAAGUCGGAAUCUUUCGGUGAGAAUUCUGGGUUUUCUGAAUAGGGCUUUUGCGUGAUCGAUUUCAUCAGGCUGCGGUAAGAAUCCCUGGGAACGAAUCCCUCGGAUUCGUCGGAUCGACCUGGUCGAAGUUUUCUUCCGUUGGAUCAAGGAUUCUCAAAUUCUGCUUUCUGGGUUUGAUCCAAUCUUUUUUUAGUAUCCUUCUCGGAGUUCUUGAGGAAUUUCCCGAGAGUUUUGGAUUUGAAGUUUCGGAGAAUGGAUGAGAAUCAGGGAGGUUCGAGCUCACUGCCUCCUUUCCUUGCAAAAACAUAUGAGAUGGUGGAUGAUCCUUCCACGGAUUCUGUCGUUUCUUGGAGCCAGGGCAACAAAAGUUUUGUCGUCUGGAAUCCGCCCGAGUUUUCCAGAGAUCUUCUUCCCAGAUUCUUCAAGCACAACAAUUUCUCGAGUUUCAUCCGUCAGCUUAAUACAUAUGGUUUUAGAAAAAUCGACCCCGAGAAAUGGGAAUUCGCCAACAAUGAUUUCGUACGUGGUCAGCCGCAUCUUUUGAAGAACAUUCACAGACGCAAACCAGUUCACAGCCACUCCUUGCACAACCUGCAAGGCCAGAAUCCUCUGGCUGAGUCAGAGAGACAGAGCAUGAAGGAUCAGAUCGAGAGGCUGACGAAAGAGAAGGAGGGCCUGCUCGCUGAGUUACAUAAACAGGAGCAGGAACGGCAAGGCUUUGAGUUGCAAGUAAAGCUUCUGAAGGACCGGUUGCAACACUUGGAGCAGCUUCAGAAAACAAUGGUGUCAUCUGUUGCUCAGGUUCUGCAAAAACCAGGGCUUGCUUUGAAACUUUCACCAAAAUCCGAAACAAAUGACCGAAAAAGAAGGCUCCCCAGGAUCGGGUACUUUCAGGACGAAACGGGUUUGGAAGAGAACCAAACUUGUAAUUCCCAAAGAAUUGGCAGAGAAAACUCUCCUGGCCCAUCACACGCCGAGCAGGUUGAGCAAUUAGAAUCGUCUCUAGCCUUUUGGGAGAAUCUUGUAUCGGAUGUUGAUGGCAGUCUUGCCCAGUCAAGCAUGAACCUUGAGGUUGACGAAUCUACUAGUUGCGCGGAAAGCCCGUCUAUAUCUUGCUUAGAGCUAAACAUCGAUGCCCGUCCAAAAUCUCCGAGGAUUGACAUGAACUCCGAGCCUGUUGCUUCGAAAGAACAACCGGCUGCUCCUCCAACUGGGGUUAAUGAUGUCUUCUGGGAGCAGUUUCUGACAGAGAACCCAGGUUCCACCGAGCAGCAGGAAGUUCAGUCAGAGAGGAAGGACGCGGAAGCGAAGAAGGACGGAAACAACGGUAGUAAGACGAGCGAUCAUGGGAAGUUUUGGUGGAAUCCGAGGAAUGUACAUACCCUUACCGAACAGAUGGGGCAUCUGACUUCUGCAGAGAGAACUUGAUAUUAGUUUCUCAGGUGUCGGUGUUCUUCCAUGCCCCUGUAACGCAAGCAUAGCGCAUUUAGGUGCGAUUCUUACCUUGUUUCUGUGAUGAAGUAGGUUCCUUUUUUCCGGUUUUUAGUUCACGACAUACAUGUUGGGUCUAGUGCCUGCUGCCCUCCAUCAUCUCUCUGUUUCUCUCAAUCUAUACUAUAGCAGACUGUAACAUACUCAUGUAUCAGGCCUGAUCUUAAUAGAUUGACUUUCAUUCAUUAUGAUACAGAAUUUGCCCUUA